AUGGAUGGGGCUGAGUCUGGGGUCGGGGCGGUUUGCGGGCGGUGGGCUGCGGCGGUGGCGCUGACGCGCAAGAUGGCGACCGGGGCCGGGGCCGGGGCCGGUUCUGGCCCGGGCGGCGAGGGCAAGCGCGGCGGGCGCGGGCGGGCUGGGCGCAACGUUGCAAGCAGCGGGGCAAAGCGGCCGGGGCCGAAUGGGGUGCUCCGCGGAGUGCCGCGCGAGCCGCUGCGGGAGGAGCCGAAGAUGCGGUACGCCGGGUUUGACAACCCCAACUCGCGCGAGUUUACGCCGUACCCGUACCAGCACAUCAUGCGGGUCAAUCGUGUGGUGAACGUGACCAAGGGUGGACGUCGGCAGUCAUUCAACGCCCUGGUGGUGCUGGGCAACAUGCGCGGCUCGGCAGGCUUUGGGUUUGGCAAGGGCACGGACGUGCGGGCGGCGGUGAAGCGGGCGUUCUCAGACGCACACAAGAACGUCAUUUACGUCGACAUGUACAAUGGGCGGACGGUGAACCACGAGCUGUUCUACAAGUACGGUGCAUCGAAGGUGCUCAUCCGGCCGCAGCGCAAGGACGGCCCGUACCGGGCGGGGCGGCCGUAUCUCCCAGUCCUCGAGGCGUUUGGCUUCAAGGAGGUCUCGAUCAAGACCCACGGCUCGCGCAACAUGCUCAACGUGCUCAAGGCGAUCUGGAACGCGCUUGCGCGGCAUCGGUCGGCCGAAGAUGUGGCGCGGGCCCGCGGCAAGACGCUGGUCGACGUCUCGGGCGCGCACCCGGACCCGCGCAAGCGUCGGCUUGAUCCGAACGCGCACUUUUACGAGCUGUAGAAAAUGAAGGAAAUGCAAGCAGCGAGAA